UUGUUAUCAGUUUUCGGAUUUGUUUUUUGUUCGUGAGCUUUUCUUGGUUGCCUGGGGUGGGGGAGUCUUGGAGCUCGCCAAGUGUGAAAUGGAUAAAACUCGUUGUAAUUUCUAAAAAUCUAUCAUUUUAUUGCUUCUUAGUGUUUAGUGAUAACGUACCGAUAAGAGUGUGGAGCAGCUACAAAUGAGAUAAGGAACAGAGAGAGAGAGAGAGUGUGAGUGUGUCUUCCUUUGCCGUGCUGAACAGUUCUCCGUAGACUGUUCUAGAGGACUUGGAGUGGUCGGUAGUGAUUUGGUCCUUGGGCAACCCCAGUGCGACAGCAGCGAGUGUGGUGUGUCCUUGUGAGUGAGAGGAAGACGACGAAGCACCAAGAAGCAGCCAAAAUGUAUUUCAAGAAAGUGGUGUCGAUCCUGGUCAUCUGCGUGGUGGCCGGAAGUGCCCUCGCCGAGGAGAGCAAGCCGGAGGUCGCGCCGGAGAACGUCCUGAACGAGCUGAGCUGGUCCUGCGCCAACAACGCGUCCUGCGUGACCCGGCUGGCCCGUAAGGUCGUGCAGAAGCUGGCCACCCGCAAACCGGUCGACUUUGGAGCGUUCGCCAUCGAACCCGUGGAGCGAAUCCCGCUGACCGUCGAGGGACGCUCGUCCCGCGCCCUGGACUUCCUCAGCGGCAACGCCGUCAAGUUCCCGAUCGGACCGAUGGUCUUCAACAUCGAACGCUCCGCCGACUAUCCGAACUUCAUCGAGGUGUCGCUGCUCAGAAAGGCCGAUGGAGCCCCGGGAGCCCGAGGCAAGACCCGUAAGCACAUGCGCUUCUUCGUGCCCGCAUUCCUGGUCUUCAGCCAGAUCGGCUGGUACGCGCUCGCCAUCGCCGGAGUCAAGUUGCUAGCGAUUAAGGCCUUCUUGGUCGCCAAAAUUGCCCUUAUUGUCGUAGCAAUGAUGACCUUCAAGAAACUCAUGGAACCAGUUGCCGUUUUGCCGUCGCCGUACUUCGACCAUCAGGAGCCGUUCCUGAUGCCAUACAGCAUGGACUUCCACCACGGAUUCCCCGGCGCCGGCCACGACAUGUACCCGAUCGGACACCUCGGCCACCACGACGGACCGUCCGCCCUGCACGCCGCCGAAGGAGGCCUCGGCGCGGCCAGCAACGUGAACGCCGUCGUCGACACGAACCAGGCCGCGGACAAGUCGGCCACGGUCGGUGGAUCCAGCAGCGGCACCAGCAGCGUGUCCGGUGGUGCCUCGGCAGCUGCGUCCUCGAACGACCGUCACCACUUCCCGGGCGGCAAAAUCAAGCGGCAGGACUUUUACCCGGUGCCCCAAACCGGCAAGUACUACUGAGCCCCGUCGCUCCGUAAGCUCACUGACAGAACCCAACACCCAAACAACACCUGCCCCCUGUGACUGAAACCGUGAAAACGACACCCGCAAGGCUGUGUCCCGUUAUUGUGCGACACGCCCGGCUCUACCUCCAAGUCCAAGAGAACAACCCCCCAAACUCCCUAAAAGAAAAAAGCCCCCGUCCCCCAUAAAAAAAGAACAAGAAAAAGUCCCAAUGAUCACGAUGAGGUCUUCCUUCGCUGGAGAGAAGCUGAUAGAACUGUUUAGUAUACAUUAGUCAUAGUAUUUAUCGAAGAAAAACGGCUUCCUGGUCACCGCCACGGAACGCCAGGUGGCCUCGGAAGCCUUUCCGUCUGUUGUAAUAUUGAUUUUCCCUUGAAAGCUGAACCUUCUUCCCUGCUGUGCCUUCUGUACAAUGCCUGUUAUAAACUAAUAUUUAUUUAUUUAUUGAAAGAACUGGGAAAUUGAAAAAAA